GGGGAGCCCAGAGGAACGCGCAGAACCCGCUCCCCCAGGCCCAGAUCCCAGGGAGCGCGGGGCUCGCUGAGUUCAGUCACUUGCGGGCCGCAGGGUCCGGGCGGGUGUCGGUGCAGGGGCCCAGGAGGUCCCAACAUAUGGCCGUGGGCGAAAACCCUUCCCAGAGCCUCUCCCCAGUCAUGGACAGCCCCAGUCUUCGAGAGCUCCAACAGCCUCUGCUGGCAGGUGUGGGCUGUGGGCCCCCCAUCCAGAAGCCUGGUGAGCCCCAGCUGGGGCCUCCCUUUGGAGAGACAGCCUUUGCAGAGUCCCUGAGGGGUUGGCAGCUCCUCCCACCAUCCCUUCCCACUGUGAGCGCUGGCCUUGGGGAACCAGGGCCCCCUGACCUUGAGGAUGCAUCAUCCAGUGACAGCGACUCGGACUGGGAUGGGGGCAGCCUUCUCUCCCCGCUCCUACCCCACGACCACCUUGGCUUGGCCGUCUUCUCCAUGCUCUGCUGUUUCUGGCCUGUGGGCAUCGCUGCCUUCUGCCUGGCCCAGAAGACCAACAAGGCUUGGGCCAAGGGGGACGUCCAGGGGGCAGGGGCUGCCUCCCGCCGCGCCUUCCUGCUGGGGGUCCUCGCCGUCGGGCUGGGCGUGUGCACAUAUGCGGCCGCCCUGGUGACCCUGGCCGCCUACCUGGCCUCCCGAGAGCCGCCCUAGUUGCCCGCGCGGCCCUCACUGUGAAUCAGGGGCCGGCACCGGGCGCGUCGGCGGGCAACGUGGAGAAUCCGGGUGGAUGAGGCGGCGGCAGCAGCGGCCACCGCCUCCUUCCUGGCCGCCGCAACGAGAUUAAACUCCAGACACUCUCGCAGCCAAACCUGUGUCUGUGUGUGUAUGUGUGCCAGGGUGCGGAGACCAGGAAGGGGCAGGCUGUCCCCAGGGUGCUCCGCGACAACUCGGAGCUGGAGAAGGGGAAACCCGAGGGGCAGAGUGUUCUCUUCACAGCGCGGUGGUCCGCAGAACAUUAGAGAGUGGGGCUCCAAGUGCUUACUCCUCAGCUGUGUAACCUUGACCCAUGUGACCGCUCUGAGCCUCACAUCUUCCCGUCUGCAAAAUGGGGCUUUCUCCGCACCUGGGGGCUAUGAAUGGGCCAUCCACGAAAAGGGCGGUAUCCCUCCGCUCUU